CCCAUUAGUGGAUGAGAAAGAGAGAAAAGUGCUUGUUUGUCUCACAGGAAGAAGUUGAAAACAUGAACCAAACCGACAGAUAGCAAGUAGACACAAGCGCCAUUUAGGUGGUAGGUUUGCCUCGUUUUCAGAGUUCAGCAUAAAAUGCUGUUGAUCUUUUGCGCUCGAGGUUGACAUUUUUGGAGAUAUGAGCAUAGAACUGAGGAUAUCUGUGACUCAGUAUCAGUAAAUUUGAUCUCACAUUAGGCAAACCAGCAGCAUACGGGAAAAUCACUGCAUGUCUUUAACUUGGAUUCCAGGAAUUACCACUGAAGUUGGAGAAACAUGUCAGACCACAGGUCCAGCUUUCUUCACAUUGGAGACAUAGUUUCCCUCUACGCGGAAGGCACUGUCAAUGGCUUUAUCAGCACGUUGGGGUUGGUGGAUGACCGGUGUGUGGUCCAGCCGGAUGCAGGGGACCUGGCCAAUCCCCCUAAAAAGUUCAGAGAUUGCCUGUUUAAGGUGUGCCCCAUGAACAGGUACUCAGCCCAGAAGCAGUUCCAGAAGGCCAAGACGGGCAAACAAAGCAACAACACACAAGGAGAUCUGUUUAAGAAACUGCAGAAUGCUUCGGAACUGGAGAAGAAACAGAACGAGACGGAGAACAAGAAGCUCCUCGGAGAGGUUGUUAAGUACAGCAGUGUCAUCCAGCUGCUGCACAUCAAGAGCAAUAAGUACCUGACGGUGAACAAGCGUUUGCCAGCGCUCCUGGAGAAGAAUGCCAUGCGUGUGUCGCUGGAUAACGCCGGCAAUGAGGGCUCCUGGUUCUACAUCCAGCCCUUCUGGAAGCUCCGCAGUGAGGGAGAUAAUGUGGUUGUUGGAGAUAAGGUCGUCCUGAUGCCAGUCAACGCUGGACAGCCGCUCCAUGCCAGUAACAUCGAGCUCUUGGACAACCGCGGCUGCAAGGAGGUCAAUGCCGUGAACUGCAAUACGAGCUGGAAGGUCACGCUUUUCAUGAAGUUCAGUGACUACAGAGAGGAUGUACUCAAAGGGGGGGAUGUGGUCAGGCUCUUCCAUGCUGAGCAGGAGAAGUUCCUCACAUGUGACGAGUACAAGAAGCAGCAGCAUGUCUUCCUCAGGACCACACUCCGUCAAUCAGCAACCUCCGCCACCAGCUCCAAAGCCCUCUGGGAAAUUGAGGUGGUGCACUACGACCCCUGCCGAGGAGGCGCCGGCCAGUGGAAUAGCCUGUUCCGCUUCAAGCACCUGGCCACCGGCAACUACCUGGCUGCAGAGGUGAAUCCAGAUUUUAGGGCGGACAGCAUAGACCAGAAAGGAGAGACAGAGACAGACAGUGUGUUCAAGAAGAAGGGGCAGGCUGCGGAGAAGAUCGCCUUCACCCUGGUGUCGGUGCCUCACGGCAAUGACAUCGCCUCGCUGUUUGAGCUGGACGCCACCACCUUGCAGCCGGCCGACUGCCCCGUGCCCAGGAACUCUUAUGUGCGUCUGCGUCACCUUUGUACAAACACCUGGGUGACCAGCACCGCAAUCAACAUUGAUAAGGAUGAGGAGAGACCGGUCAUGCUCAAGAUUGGCACCUGCUCCACGAAGGAGGACAAGGAAGCCUUCUCGAUCGUGUCUGUGCCGCUGUCCGAGGUCAGGGACCUGGACUUUGCCAACGAUGCCAACAAGGUGCUGGAGUCGACCGUGGGCAAGCUGGAGCACAGCAACAUCACCCAGAAUGAGAGGAGGUUUGUCAUCAACCUGCUGGAAGAUCUGAUCUUCUUUGUGUGUGACGUGCCCAAUAAUGGCCAGGAGGUGCUGUCAGUGGUCAUCUCCAACCUCAACAGAGAGCGGCAGAAACUGAUGCGGGAGCAGAAUAUACUCAAACAGAUCUUUGGCAUUCUGAAAGCUCCGUUCAGUGACAAGGGGGACGGUCCAAUGCUGAAGCUGGAGGAUCUGGGGGACCAGCGCUACGCCCAGUACAAGUACAUGCUGCGCCUUUGCUACAGGGUGCUGCGCCACUCCCAGCAGGACUACCGCAAGAACCAGGAAUACAUCGCUAAGAACUUCUCCAUCAUGCAGUCCCAGAUCGGCUACGAGAUCUUGGCCGAGGACACAAUCACCGCCCUGCUGCACAACAACCGCAAGCUGCUGGAGAAGCACAUCACCGCCAAGGAGAUCGAGACCUUUGUCAACCUGCUGAGACGCAACCGUGAGCCUAGGUUCCUGGAUUACUUGUCGGAUCUGUGUGUGUCCAACAAGACGGCCAUCCCAGUCACUCAGGAGCUUAUCUGCAAGUUCGUGCUCAACCCCACCAAUGCGGACAUCCUCAUUCAGACCAAACUGAUCCCACACACAGAGACUUCUCUGGAGUCCUCUCUCAUGCAUGACGAGGGUGAUGAUGAGGAGGUGUGGCUCUACUGGAUUGACGCCAACAAGGAGCCCCAUGGCAAGUCCAUCCGCCACCUCGCCCAGGACGCCAAGGGCAACCACAAGCUGGACAUGGACGUGGUCACCUAUUACAGGUAUCAGUUGAAUCUCUUUGCUAAGAUGUGUCUGGACCGCCAAUACUUGGCCAUCAACCAGAUCAGUAGCCAGCUGCCGGUGGAGCUGAUCCUGCGCAGCAUGUUCGACGACUGCCUGCCCUACAACCUGCGCGCCUCCUUCUGCCGCCUCAUGCUGCACAUGCACGUGGACCGCGACCCCCAGGAGGCCGUGGUGCCGGUGCGCUACGCCCGCCUCUGGACCGAGAUCCCCUCCAAGACCACCAUCCACGAGUAUGAGUACGAGUUCCGGGACAUGUCUCGAGAGGAGAUGAAGAGGAAGUUUGCGCCCACCAUGGAGUUUGUGGAGGAGUACCUGAGAGACGUGGUCAGUCAGGCCUACCCGUUUGGAGACGAGGAGAAGAACGAGUUGACCCUGGAGGUGGUAAACUUGGCGCGGAACCUGGUCUACUUUGGCUUCUACAGCUUCAGUAAGCUGCUGAGCCUCACGCGCACCCUGCUGGCCAUCCUGGACAUUGUGCAGCCGCCCCUCACUUACCUGGCCAAACUCAACAAGAGCCCAGAGGGAGGGAACAAUGUUCUGCGCACCAUCCAUGGGGUUGGGGAGAUGAUGAGCCAGAUGGUUCUGCGGGGUUCCGUUCCACUCAGCCUGCCGGACUCCCCGCCGGCCUCGCGCCACGGAAUGCCCCACCAUAUCCCAGACAAUGAGGACGUCAUGGUGAUGGACACCAAGCUGAGGAUAAUCGAGAUCCUCCAGUUUAUCCUGAGUGUGCGUCUGGACUAUCGCAUCACGUACUUGCUGUCCAUCUAUAAGAAAGAGUUUGGUGACCAGAGUAUGACCGACAGCUCGAUGUCUGUGUCAGAUUACCUGCCCAUAUCAGUGUCAGAGCCAGAUAUUGAUGAGAUUGUUGCAAAAGCAGAGACGAUGUUUGCUGGAAGUAAAGAGAGGAGUGCGGUGGAGCUGGACGACGAGGGUGGCCGGACCUUCCUGAGGGUCCUCAUCCACCUCAUCAUGCAGGACUACCCGCCUCUGGUGUCCGGAUCCCUGCAGCUCAUCUUCAAGCACUUCAGCCAGAGGGCAGAAGUCCUGCAGGCCUUCAGACAGGUCCAGCUGCUGGUGUCCGAGCAGGACGUGGAGAACUAUAAGCAGAUCAAGACGGACCUGGACCAGCUCCGGCUGACAGUGGAGAAGUCCGAACUCUGGGUGGAGAAGAGCGGAGGCUACGGCAGCGAGGACCUGGGAGACAGCCAGAAGCAGGAGCAGAACAUGGAGGAGGCUGGUAUCCUGAGCCCAGUGGAUAGUGGGAUCAUAAAGCCACAGAUUGACAGCAACAAAGCCAACAACUACAACAUUGUAAAGGAGAUCUUGAUAAGGCUCAGCAAGUUGUGCUAUCCUGCAAAGAAGAGUAAAGUUCAGCAACAAAGACUGCUGAAGAACAUGGGAGCCCACACUGUAGUGCUGGACCUGCUGCAGAUCCCCUAUGAGAAGAGCGAUGAAAAGAUGAAUGAGAUCAUGCAGCUGGCCCACAGCUUCUUGCAGAGCUUCAGUCGAGACAACUCCCAGAACCAGACGCUGCUCCACAAGCACCUCAAUCUCUUCCUCACACCAGGGCUCCUCGAGGCGAAGACGAUGCGCUACAUCUUCAGGAACAACUACCAUCUGUGUAACGAGAUCAGCGACCGCGUCGUGCACCACUUUGUCCACUGCAUCGAGACGCACGGGCGCCAUGUCCAGUACCUGCAGUUCCUCCAGACCAUCGUCAAGGCUGAUGGGAAAUAUGUGAAGAAGUGCCAGGACAAAGUUAUGACUGAGCUGGUGAAUGGCGGUGAGGACGUGCUGGUGUUUUACAACGACCGCGCCUCGUUCCCGGUGCUGCUGCAGAUGAUGGGCUCGGAGCGGGAGCGCUCGGACGAGGGCGGAGCGCUGGCCUACCACAACACACUGGUGGAGCUGCUCGCCGCCUGCACCGAGGGCAAGAACGUCUACACCGAGCUCAAGUGCAACUCCCUUCUGCCGCUCGACGACAUCGUCAACGUGGUCACCCAUGACGACUGCAUCCCAGAGGUGAAAAUUGCCUAUGUGAACUUUGUGAAUCACUGCUACGUGGACACUGAGGUGGAGAUGAAAGAGAUCUACACCAGCCACCACAUCUGGAAGCUCUUUGAGAACUUCCUGGUGGACAUGGCCCUGUUUUGCAACAGCGCCACAAACAGGAAGCUAGCUGAAAACGGGCCUGCACAUAUCCUGUUACAGGUGUGCAACAGUACCACGGACCGCAAGCACGCUGACCCCACGCUGGAGAAGUACGUCACCGAGACCGUCAUGGCCAUCAUCAAGGGCUUCUUCGGCUCCCAGUUCUACGUCAACAGUUCCAACCUGCAGACACACCAGCCCAUCUUCAUUCAGCUGCUGCAGUCUGCCUUCAGGGUGUACAACUGCCCAUGGCUCAACCCCGCCCAGAAAACCAACAUUGAAGGCUGCAUCAAGACCCUCGCUGACGUGGCCAAGAACCGUGCCAUUGCCAUCCCAGUGGACCUGGACAGUCAGGUGAACACGCUGUCCCUGAAGACCCACACCAACAUGGUGCAGCGGGCCGCUAAAGACUGGAGGCUGUCUGCCCGCGCCCGGCCCCGCAAGGAGCCCCUUGGCUCGCCCGACUACAAGAGCAUCAUCGAGAAGCUACAGGGGGUUGUGUCGUGUCUGGAAGAGCAGUUCAGUCCGAAGGUGCAGGCUGAGUUCUCGGUGCUGGUGGAUGUGCUGCACCGUCCAGAGAUGCUCUUCCCAGAAGCGGCCAGACUGCGCUGCGAGAGCGGAGCCUUCAUGUCCAAGCUGAUCAAGCACACCAAGAAGCUGAUGGAGCAAGAGGAGAAGCUUUGCAUCAAGAUCUUGCAGACACUGCGCGCCAUGCUGGACAAAAGGGAGAGCAUGGAGGAGUCUGGCACCGUGCUGAGGCGGAUCCUCCUGACCCGCUACUUUGGGAACCAGCGCCUCCCCUCCAUGUCCGGGGCACAUCCGGGUACAUCCAGCACAUCCGGGGCCUUCAGCAAGUCAUCCUCUGGAGUGGGCUCUCCAGGCCAAGAUCACGACAGGCCGGGCUUCAACGUACAGGACACCCAGUGCCUGCUGGACAAGGUGGGCGCCUCAGAGCUGGUCAUCGACCUCAUUGUCAGCACCAAGAAUGACCGUGUGUUCCAGGAGAGCGUCCUACUGGGCAUCUCACUACUCCGAGGAGGCAACACAGAGAUACAGGAUUCCUUCUACAACCAGCUGUACAAGCAGAAAAAGUCUGAGCGCUUCUUCAAGGUGUUCUACGACCGCAUGCGGCUGGCCCAGCAGGAGAUCCGCGCCACCGUGUCGGUCAACACCUUCGAGCUGAGCAGCAGGAAGAGGGACGAUGACGCAGAGGGCUCAGAGAUCAGGCACAAGAAGCAGGGGAGCGACUCUCUCCAUCUGAAGGAGGACAUGCGGGGGCAGCUCAAAGAGGCCUCCUCGGCCACCUCCAAGGCCUACAGCACCAUCCGUAAGGAGCUGGACUCGGAGCUGGAGAUGGUGGGCUCGAGCGGGGACGCCUCGGACCUGGAGGAGGAGAUAGAGGAGACUCAGAUGAGCGCGCCCAUCACCAUCAUGAAGCCCAUUCUGCGCUUCCUCCAGCUGCUCUGUGAGAACCACAACAGGAACCUGCAGAACUUCCUGCGCAACCAAAACAACAAGACCAACUACAACCUGGUGUGCGAGACACUGCAGUUCCUAGACUGCAUCUGCGGCAGCACCACGGGCGGCCUGGGCCUGCUGGGCCUCUACAUCAACCAGAGGAACGUGGACCUGGUCAUCCAGACGCUAGAGACCAUCACCGAGUACUGCCAAGGGCCCUGCCACGAGAACCAGACCUGCAUAGCCAAGCAUGAGUCCAACGGCAUUGACAUAAUCAUUGCACUUAUCGUCAAUCCCAUCAACCCCCUGGGCAAGCACAGGCUGGACCUGGUGCUGCAGCUGAAGAACAACGCGUCCAAACUGCUCCUGGCCAUCAUGGAGAGUCGCCAUGACAGCGAGAACGCUCAGGAGAUCCUGGACAAGAUGAGACCCAACGAGCUGGUGGACGUGAUGAAGGAGGCCUAUCAGCAGGGGGUGGACAGUGAUGAUGAGGAGGAGCUGAGCGGAGACGGGAUCAGGUCCAAAGACGUCGGACACAACAUCUAUAUCCUGGCACAUCAGUUGGCACGGCACGACAGGAUUCUGCAGCAGAGCCUAAAGCCAGGAGUGGAGAUUGAGGGUGAAUGCAGUGAUGCCCUGUCGUACUAUAAAAAGCACACCGCCCAGAUAGAGAUUGUGCGCCACGACCGCACCAUGGAGAAGAUCGUGUUCCCCGUUCCCAGCAUCUGUGAGUACCUGACGGAGGAGUCCAAGAUGCGCGUGUUCACCUCCACCGAGCGCGAUGACCAGGGCAGCAAGGUCAACGACUUUUUCCAGCAGUUUGAAGACCUCUACAACGAGAUGAGCUGGCAGAAGAAAAUCCGCAAUAACGGGCCUCUGUUCUGGUUCUCACGGCACAUCUCUCUGUGGGGCAGCAUCUCUUUUAACCUGGCCGUGCUGGUCAACCUGGUCGUGGCGCUCUUCUAUCCUUUCGGAGACGAAGAUGAGAAAGGAGAGGAUGUCCUGUCCUCCUUCUCGUCCCUCCUGCUGUGGCUGGCAAUGGCCAUGAGUACAGUCAUGCUCUUCCUGCUGCCCAGGCCGGGCAACAUCCGUGCCUUCCUCUUGUGUGGCAUCAUGCGCUCCAUCUACACGCUGGGCCUGGGGCCCACGCUGCUGCUGCUGGGCGCUGCCAACCUGCUGAAUAAGAUCGUGUUUCUGGUGAGCUUUAUUGGCAACCGGGGAACUUUUACACGCGGAUACAAAGCUGUGGUGCUGGACGUGGCCUUCCUGUAUCACAUGACCUACGUAGUGGUCUGCAUGCUGGGCCUGUUGGUGCACGAGUUCUUCUACAGUUUCCUGCUCUUUGACCUGGUGUACAGGGAGGAGACGCUGCUGAACGUGAUCAAGAGUGUAACGCGGAACGGGCGCUCCAUCAUCCUGACGGCCGUGCUGGCCCUUAUCCUGGUUUACCUCUUCUCCAUCGUGGGCUUCCUCUUCUUCAAGGACGACUUCCGCAUCCCCGUGGAGCCCCUCAAACCGCUAGCUCACCUUCUACAGAAAGAAACAGCCGUGCUAGAUGUUGAUACGUGUUCAAAGGACAGCUGCCCCGGAUCAGGAUCUGCAGGAUCUGCAAUGAUGUCGUCGGAUGAGGAAGGCGAUGAGACCGAGCAAAUGUGUGAUACGCUGAUCCGCUGCAUCAUGACGGUCCUCAACCACGGCCUGCGCAACGGGGGUGGCAUCGGAGACAUCCUGCGGAAGCCCUCGAAAGAAGAGGCUCUGUUUGUGGCGCGUGUGAUCUACGACCUACUCUUCUUCUUCAUCGUCAUCAUCAUUGUUCUGAACCUCAUCUUCGGUGUGAUCAUCGACACCUUCGCCGACCUGAGGAGCGAGAAGCAACGCAAGGAGGAGAUCCUGAAGACCACCUGCUUCAUCUGUGGGCUGGAGCGGGACAAGUUCGACAACAAGACGGUGUCGUUCGAGGAGCACAGCUCGGCGGAGCACAACAUGUGGCACUACCUGUACUUCCUGGUGCUGGUGCGCGUCAAGGACCCCACUGAGUACACAGGGCCUGAGAGCUACGUGGCCCAGAUGAUCAAGAAGAAGAACCUGGACUGGUUCCCACGCAUGCGCGCCAUGUCCCUGGUGAGCGGCGAGGGGGAGAGCGAGCAGAACGAGAUGCGCUCCCUGCAGGACAAGCUGGACCUCACCAUGGACCUGGUCACCCAGCUCUCUGGCCAGCUGUCCGAGCUCAAGGAGCAGAUGACCGAGCAGAGGAAGAACAAGCAGAGGAUGGGCUUCCUCGGGCCGCCGCAGUUGAACCAUCAUGUCAUCGCUCCAGCGCACUGAAGGCCAACACACACACACACACACACACACACACACACACACACACACACACACACACAAAAAUACACUCUACAAUUUCACUGGUAUGAGGGAAAAUACUCACAGUUUAACACAAUUCCAAUGGAUGCAAAAGGGCCAACGACACACAAAACACGCACACUCACACACUUGCUCAUUAACAGACUAAGACAAACAAACCCAGGUGAGCUAGGCUAGGCACUGGGAGCCUCCGAGCCCUGCUGUUGAACGCUCCGGUCCCAGUGUGGUGUGUGCGGCGCUGCACAUCAGGCUCUGUGUGGUGUGCUCCACCUGAAGUGACACACACACUCCCCUCCAUACUGAAGGAGAUGAGAUGAGGUUUACACAGCAGAUAGUACAGGCCUCAGACCUGCCCUCGUGCCUAAUCUAUGGGCCAACGGGCAGAGUGCAGGGGUCAUGGACUUUAUUAAUGGGGCCACUGGAACUAGCAGUCUCACAUUCUUAGUGCUCCAAGGAAAGAGUAUUUAAAAAAGGUUGUAGUAUUACUUUUUUAAUGGUGUAUGUCAUGUAUGUGUGUGAUAGAGUUGUCUGUAUUUGUGUACUGUAUACAUGUAUGUAAUUAUGGGUUUGUGUGUCUAAACAAAGUGCCAUUUUAAUACAGUCAAAUCACAAGGGACAAACUGGAGUGGUCCAGGUGCAUUAUGGGUGGCAUGUGCCUGUCGCUCAGGAGGGCCUUCCGUGUGCAUCAGACUACGCUCUUCCCUCCCUCCCUCCCUGAGCAGAAGAAUGCUGACUAGAGACUGCCAUUUCUGGAUCUGCGGGAGGGAAGCAGAAAGCUCUGGAAAACCGCAUCAUCUCUCUGGCAGAGCGGAGCUGCCCACUAGUGCCUCGCCCUUAUGCCAGCGUGUUUGGUUGUCCCACAUUCGCGCUCAGCUCAUUUCUCAUCUCAAGUUUUAUCUCAUUUGUCUUUUGCGCCGGUGUGCCUCUUAAGCAACAUGGGCUGCAUCUUGUGCCUUCCUAACAAAGCUGUAUAUAAAAUAGAUGAAAAGAUAUAUUGAGUAUAUUGUAUUAAGUAUAUUGAGAAAAUUAGGUUUAUUUCUGUGGAAUGUACUUGAAAAAUUGUGUUUUAUGUCUCGUGUCGGUACAUAGUGGGGGGGGGGGGGGGUUAUCCAGGACCACUGACCUGCAUAGUGUGAUCUCAUCGUUAUGUCCACUUACAGUACUUAAACCUUACGGCGAAUUCUAAUCUUGCUUGUCUGUGUGACUGAUGUUAGCACCCAAAGGGAAAAUCCUGCCAGUGACCACUAAAUGCACAACAAGAGUGUUCAGUAAAAAAAUGUGUUAUGAUAAGUUUGCACAAUGGAACUAGAGGAGUAUGCACUUCAGAUGAAAUGGUCCUUGUAAUGUUUAAUGAGAAGAGAAUGCAGGCUGUGUUUUAUGUGGUCAGAUCUACUGUAAUAAAGCUGUGAUAAAGAGA